AAAUUAAAUAUUUAGCUAUUAAUUCUGAUUUAGGAACUUAUUAUGCUCUUUUUGAAACACAAGCAAAGUAUAAAUUUACUCCUUACCUGAAACCAAUUCAACUACAGCUAAUUAUUGAUAUAGCCAAGAAGACUAUACCAAAGCCAAAGUUGAUAAGGAAAAAUUAG